AUGGCAGCCGAGAACGCAAGUUGUACUUCAUGCCCUGUCAACCUACUUAUUGCCACGCGCCCAAACAUUGCUGAGGCAGUCCCAGGCUUGCUAGAGGAGGUAAUUGAAGGUGUUAACAGCCUGCCUACUGGGACUGAUGAGGACCGCAAGGAUGUGUUAGUCAAGUGUCGAGCUUUAGCUAGAGCCCUAGAGACUCCUCGGGAGACGAUGGUGGACCAUUGUUGGGGACAGAUUGGUGCAAUCGGAGCAAUAAUAUUUGGUGUGGAUUCAGGUUUGUGGGUAUUGAUGGCUCGGAAUGGCGAUAAAUCCCAGAAGGUUACCGACUUGGCCGUGAGCCUUGGGGUUGAUCCUAGACUUCUUGGUCGCCUGAUGCGACAUAUCUCUGCUAUGGGACUCCUCAUCGAGGUCGAUCAAGAUGAGUACAGGCCCACAAACUAUACCAAGGCGCUAAGCCUUCCUCAGAUUGGACAUGGAUAUCUUGGUCUUACCGCGUGCACUGUUGCAGGGACCUUGAGAUUUCAUGAGUUUUCGCGUAAGAGGGGCUGGAUGAACCCGACAAGGAGCCAGGACACAUCUUUGAUGCAUGCCUAUGGUACCGACAAGAAUUUAUUUUCUUGGGUGCAUGACUUGGGCUACGGAGAACAGCUGAAUGAUUACCUUGGUGGUUAUAACCUGGGUCGCCCACUCUGGAUGGACCCUGGUGUCUAUCCUGUGAAGGAGAGGCUCAUCGAUGAGGCCGAUCCUAGCCCGGAUGCACCGUUCCUCGUGGAUAUAGGCGGCAACGUCGGUCAUGACUUGGAGAGAUUUCACAGUCGCUAUCCAAGCGUCCCCGGAAAGCUAAUACUUCAAGAUUUGCCUAUGAUGAUUCACCAGAUCAAAGAUCUAGAUCCGGAUAUAAUCCGAAUGGAGUAUGACUUCCAUAAUGAACAACCCGUUAAAGGCAAGAGUGCAGAGUUAUCUCCUCAAUUCCGUGCCCGUGUCUAUUAUAUUCACUCAAUGCUACAUAACUGGCCGGACGAUGUAUGUGAGAGCAUACUUGCACGAGUGAAAGAGGCCAUGAAGCCUGGUUAUAGCAGACUACUGAUCAACGAGACCGUUAUGCCGCAUAACAGCGCCCAUUGGGAAACUACGGGACUUGAUAUGAUGAUGUUGACCCUAUUCUCUUCCGAAGAACGGACUAGUACAGCAUGGUACGACUUGAUUGAGAAUAAGGCAGGCUUGAAAAUUGUGAAAGUAUGGAGCGCUGGAAAGGGGGUAGAAAGUGUGAUUGAGUGUGUCAAUGAGCAUUGA